AAUACAGUACAAUAACAAAAAAUAAAACCGAAUUAGGCACAUAAAAUAUACCGAAUAACCGAAAUAAAUAUGUAACACUUAAAAAAUAGGCUAAAAAUAUAUUAUGAAAAUAACUAUAAACUCGCUUAAUUAAGUGACAGUAAGUACACAAAUUUCCCUAUCAAGUUCCAACCUACCCAUUCCGAAAUGAAUUGUGGAACUUGUAGAUCAGAUCCUAAAUAUAAGUGUCCCACGUGCAUGGUACCUUACUGUUCAGUCGCCUGUUAUAAAUUACACAAACAAAAUCCUUGUAUCAAACCACCGUCCCCGCCGAAACAAACAAUAGGCGUAAAGCAAGCUGUUGAAAAUUUAUACCCUACAGAAGAUACGGUACCAUUGGAUAGACUCAAUUUAUUAGAAAAUUCAACAGAAGUUAAGAAAUGUCUAGAAAAUCCCCAUGUGAGAGAAAUAUUAGAGCUGCUUGAUUCUUCUGCAAAUCCUGAUGAGUUAGUUCAAGAAUAUAUGCAAGAACCCAUAUUCACAGAAUUUGUUGAUGCAUGUUUGAAAGUUGUUCAACCUCAAUAAUAUCAUGAAACUAAAUAUAGUGUCUAUGAGAAUUUAUUGUGUGAAAAAAUAAAAGUCGAUAACAAAA